UGUCCUUUUGCAGUUGGUCAGGAACGGGGUACCCGGAAGAGUUUCAUCCACAAAGGCAGCUUCCACGAGGCAGUAGCUCCGGUACUGACGGUGGCCCAAUGUUUCUGCCUGAUGCCGGUCCUCGGAAUCGGCGGCUCCUCGGUCCGCAGCCUGCACUUCACCCGGAAGAGCUGGCGGUUCUGGUACAGUUGCCUCUACUUGUGCUCCACCACCCUGGAUCUGAUGUUCAGCAUUCGGAAGGUGUCACACGGUGGCCUGGAUGUACGCAGUGUGGAACCCAUUGUUUUCCAUGUGAGCAUACUGAUAGCUUCAUGGCAUUUCCUGAACCUGGCCAAUCUCUGGCCCGGACUUAUGCGGCACUGGGCGGCGGUGGAGAAGCGCCUGCCUCGCUACGGCUGCCACUUGGAGAGAUCCCAUCCUGCCCGCCGGAUCCGCAUGGUGGCCUUCCUCCUGCUGGCCCUCUCACUCAUGGAGCACCUGCUGAGCAUCAUUUCCGUGGUGUACUACGACUUCUGUCCGCGGCGAAAGGAUCCUGUGGAAUCGUAUCUGCGCGGCACCAGCCUGCAUCUCUUCGAGGUCUUCGCCUACUCCAACUGGCUGGGCUGGCUGGGGAAGCUCCAGAACGUCCUGCUCACCUUCGGCUGGAGCUACAUGGACAUUUUCCUGAUGAUCAUCGGCAUGGGCCUCAGCGAGAUGCUGGCCAGGCUGAAUCGGAGUCUGAAGACCAAUGUGGGACACCCAAUGCCCGAGGAGUAUUGGACCUGGUCCCGGACUCUCUAUCGAUCCAUUGUGGAGCUCAUACGGGAGGUGGACGAUGCCAUAUCGGGCAUUAUGCUGAUCUCCUUUGGCAGUAACCUCUACUUCAUAUGUCUGCAGCUCCUCAAGAGUAUCAACACCAUGCCCUCCUCCGCUCAUGCCGUCUACUUCUACUACUCACUCUGCUUCCUCCUGAGUAGGUCGUCCAUGGUCCUGCUUCUGGUUUCCGCCAUCAACGACCAGGCCAGGGAGCCGCUGCAGCUCCUGCGACUGAUCCCCUCGGAGGCGUAUCAUCAGCCGGAGGUUACCCGCUUCGCCGCCGAACUGGCCAGCGAUAAGGUGGCCCUCACCGGCGCCAAGUUCUUCAAUGUGACCCGGCGACUCUUUCUGGCGAUGGCCGGGACUGUGGCCACCUAUGAACUGGUGCUCAUCCAGUUCCACGAGGACAAAAAGUCUUGGACCUGCUCGGUGGAAACUUUUGAUUAAAUGAAUACUACAUACCCCUUGACGACAUGU